CGCUGGUGCGGGGGCGGCUGGAGCGAGAGGUGGAGCGGGGUGGUGUGUGGCCGGGGCCAUGACGGGCAAUGCCGGGGAGUGGUGCCUCAUGGAAAGCGACCCCGGGGUCUUUACCGAGCUCAUUAAAGGAUUUGGUUGCCGAGGAGCCCAAGUAGAAGAAAUUUGGAGUUUAGAGCCUGAGAAUUUUGAAAAAUUGAAGCCAGUUCAUGGAUUAAUUUUUCUUUUCAAGUGGCAGCCAGGAGAAGAACCAGCAGGCUCUGUGGUUCAGGACUCCAGACUUGACACGAUAUUUUUUGCCAAGCAGGUAAUUAAUAAUGCUUGUGCUACUCAAGCUAUAGUAAGUGUGUUAUUGAACUGUACCCAUCAAGAUGUCCAUUUGGGAGAGACAUUAUCAGAGUUUAAAGAAUUUUCACAAAGUUUUGAUGCAGCUAUGAAAGGUUUGGCACUGAGCAAUUCAGAUGUAAUUCGACAAGUACACAACAGUUUCGCCAGACAGCAAAUGUUUGAAUUUGAUGCAAAGACAUCAGCAAAAGAAGAAGAUGCUUUUCACUUUGUCAGUUAUGUUCCUGUUAAUGGGAGACUGUAUGAAUUAGAUGGAUUAAGAGAAGGACCGAUUGAUUUAGGUGCAUGCAAUCAAGAUGACUGGAUCAGCGCAGUAAGGCCAGUCAUAGAAAAAAGGAUACAAAAAUACAGUGAAGGUGAAAUUCGAUUUAACUUAAUGGCCAUUGUGUCUGACAGAAAAAUGAUAUAUGAACAGAAAAUAGCAGAGUUACAAAGACAACUUGCUGAGGUUUGUGGCCACAUUUUUAAAUAUGAAGUUCUAGGUCUCAGUAUUUCUAAUACUUUUUCUAAUGAGAAUGAAGGAUUUUUUUCCCAUGUCUGUUUUCAGCUGGAUGCAAAAUUAAGAUUUCAGAAAUUUAGUGGAAAUGUAAAAUUAAUGUUGUUUGAUAUUUAUUUUCAGAUUGAAAAUAUCAGAAGGAAGCAUAAUUAUCUGCCUUUCAUUAUGGAAUUGUUAAAGACUCUAGCAGAACAUCAGCAAUUAAUACCACUAGUAGAAAAGGCAAAAGAAAAACAGAAUGCAAAGAAAGCACAGGAAACCAAAUGAAGAAGAUGCUUUGGGGCGUGUACACAUUUCUCCUUCUACACUUAUAUUCAUGGAAACCAUUAAGUAUAAAGAACUUUGAGCAACAUCUUAAUUGACUCAGUGCACAUUUGGCAAUAUUACCAGUCUGUCUUGUCUUUAAUGCAUGAAUUCAUAAACUUUUUCCCUACUGCAUCAUGUGCAUGUAGUACAUAUUGAAUAAAAGCAAUAUUAAGAGUGUUUGCCCAAAUUCCAUUAUUUGAUACUGGAUCUGAGAACUUUGUUGGUUCUCUAGAUAAAUAACUACCAUAGUGAACUAGAAAAUGCACAAAAAAUGAUAUUCUCUGCUUGUAAUUAUUGUAAUUAAUCAAUCUUUUGAUCUUUUAGCUCAGUUUAAAUGCUUUAAAAUUUAUAAAUGUAACAUCUUGAUUAAACUGGAUCUCUUGUUUCUCUUAGUAGAAAGAACUCAAUAUUUCUGUGUUUGCUAAUCUAAACAUUUGAGCAUUUUAAAACUGAAUUUUAUCUCCUAUACUAUUUGAAAAAGUAUGAUUUUAAAGCAAAUCAUUUGUAAAAGGACAAAGUAUAGUUUCUAGUGAUUUUCACUGCUACCAGGAGAAAAAGUAAUAAACAUCCCUAUUUUUAUUUUAGCAGACUUUUGGGGUUAUUAUGCACUGUAGAAUUGUUUCAAGAAUGUAUGAAUAUUAUACUUCAAAGCAAAAUUUCAGGUUCAGAACAAGUUAUAAAUCAAAGAUUUUUGGUGUUGCUCUCAGUUUGGUAAUACUUUUUCAAGCUGUUAAGCUGUAUCUUUAUAAAAAACAAUCGGAGGUUUGGCAUUUCAGGCUGUCUGCUUUUUAAGAAAAGGAUGAUGGUGGUGGAGCAUCCUUCUAUGGCAAUUUGAACAAAAUUAGUACAGUCCAGUAGUUUCCAGUAGCCAUGUAGUUUGCUCACAAUGGAGUGUUGUUUAUUUUUAAUUGCGUUUGGGAAUUGCUUUGUUGUUUAUUUUAUAAAAUAAUAUUCUUUUUCCUAACCAUCUUUUCCAAAUUAAAACUGAAAGAUAA